UUCGCCGACCGCCUGGAGUUCAUCCAACCCAACGUCAUCUCCGGGAUCCCUGUGUACCGCGUCAUGGACCGCCAGGGCCACAUCGUCAGCCCCAGCGAGGACCCCCAGCUGCCCAAGGAGCUGGUGCUGAAGCUCUACAAGACCAUGACGCUCCUCAACACCAUGGACCGCAUCCUCUACGAGUCCCAGCGGCAGGGCCGCAUUUCCUUCUACAUGACCAACUACGGCGAGGAGGGGACGCACGUGGGCAGCGCGGCGGCGCUGGACGACACGGACCUGGUGUUCGGGCAGUACCGCGAGGCGGGGGUGCUGAUGUACCGCGGUUACCCGCUGGAUCUCUUCAUGGCUCAGUGCUACGGCAACGCCAGCGACCCCGGCCGCGGCCGCCAGAUGCCGGUGCACUACGGCUGCCGCGAGCGGCACUUCGUCACCAUCUUCCCCCUGGCCACGCAGAUCCCACAGGCCGUGGGGGCCGCCUACGCCAUCAAGCGGGCGGACGCCAGCCGGGCGGUCAUCUGCUAUUUUGGGGAGGGGGCCGCCAGCGAAGGGGACGCUCACGCCGGCUUCAACUUCGCCGCCACCCUCGAGUGCCCCAUCAUCUUCUUCUGCCGCAACAACGGCUACGCCAUCUCCACCCCCACCUCCGAGCAGUACCGGGGGGACGGCAUCGCGGCUCGGGGGCCGGGCUACGGGCUGAUGUCCAUCCGCGUGGACGGCAACGACGUCUUCGCUGUUUACAACGCCACCAAAGAAGCGCGGCGCCGCGCCGUGGCCGAGAACCAACCGUUCCUCAUCGAGGCCAUGACGUACCGCAUCGGCCACCACAGCACCAGUGACGACAGCUCGGCCUACCGCUCGGUGGAUGAGGUGAACUACUGGGACAAGCAGGACCACCCCAUCUCCCGCCUCAGGCACUACAUGCAGGGCCGGGGCUGGUGGGACGAGGAGCAGGAGAAGGGCUGGAGGAAGAGCUCCCGCAGAAAGGUGAUGGAGGCUUUCGAGCAGGCGGAGCGGAAGCCGAAGCCCAGCCCCCAGCACCUCUUUUCGGACGUCUAUCGCGAGAUGCCGCCGAACCUCCGCCGGCAGCGCGCGGCCCUGGAGCGGCACCUGCAGCACUACGGCGAGCAUUACCCCAUGGAGCUGUACGAGAAGUGAGACCCCCCCCCGGGACCCCCAUCCUCACGGGACCCCCAUCCUCACGGGACCCCCCCCCCCCCUCAGGGGUUGCUCUGCCAAUAAA